GUAUCGAUCAGAACAGCGGGCGCAGCCUGUCAGAAACACUAGAGACGGGGUUUUUGUUGCAUCGGAAUUGCACUGUUCCGAACUGAGUUUUUUUUCUUAUCAAGAAAACGAGUAAUGCUGUCGUGACGGUCGCACAACAGAAUCGUGUUGUGAGCAACAUAGCAUUUAUAACAGCUUCGGUUUGCGUUCUUUCAAGAAACGAUAGUAUUUUGUACCGGAGUACUGUUUAGCCAUUUUUGUAGUCCUGUACUAAACAAACGUGCCUCUUGUGAUCCGCAAUGGCGGAGACAAAUGGGGCCGCAAAUUUGAAUACGAAAAAUGGCAAUUUUAUCUGCGGCGUCGUCGAAGGUUUUUAUGGGCGACCUUGGACUACAGAACAAAGGAAAGAUUUAUUUCAAAAAUUAAAAAAAUGGGGUAUGGAUUCGUAUUUAUAUGCUCCAAAAGACGAUUACAAGCAUCGAGCAUAUUGGAGAGACUUAUACACGGUAGAAGAAGCAGAACAUUUGACAGGGUUGAUAACAGCUGCAAGAGAAUGUGGUAUCACAUUUUAUUAUGCAUUAUCACCAGGAUUGGAUAUCACUUAUUCAAGUGCAAAGGAAGUUAGUGUAUUAAAAAGAAAAUUAGAGCAAGUUAGCCAGUUUGGCUGUACUGCAUUUGCAUUAUUAUUUGAUGAUAUAGAGCCAGAAAUGAGUGAAGCAGAUAAAGAAGUAUUUCAGUCUUUUGCUCAUGCACAAGUUUCUGUUACAAAUGAUAUUUUUCAACAUCUUGGCCAACCUAGAUUUUUAUUGUGUCCAACACAAUAUUGUGCAACUCGGGCAAUGCCAAAUGUAGCAUCUUCAGAGUAUCUUAACACACUUGGUAGUAAACUGGCUCAAGAAAUUGAUAUAAUGUGGACUGGUCCUAAAGUAAUAUCCAGACUUCUAACUGUUGAGUCCAUUGAAGAGAUUACAGAAGUUCUGAGGAGGCCACCAGUCAUAUGGGAUAAUUUACAUGCCAAUGAUUAUGAUCAGAAACGAGUAUUCUUAGGACCAUAUUCUGGUAGAUCUCCUGACCUGAUUCCUAAACUCAGAGGUGUUUUAACCAAUCCUAAUUGUGAAUAUGGAGCAAAUUUUAUAGCAAUUCAUACAUUAGCUCAAUGGAGUAGAUGUAAUGUUGAUGGGAAAAGGGAUUUAAGUUUAAAUGACACUGUAUCAGCUGACAUAAAAUUAGAGACUGAAACAGAAGAUGGUGUGCUUGGUGAAGAUGUUCCUUUAACAAUGUCUCCAAAUAUAUAUCAUCCUCGGCACGCUUUGAAAAAUGCUAUUACCGAUUGGUUAGUGGAAUUUAACAAAAAACGAUCUGCAUGGGGUGUCAUAGCGAAGCCACAGCCAUGUGUCGCUCCAACCGUACCAAUUCCAAUAAUUCCCUCUGUAAAUACAUGUAUGAGUCUCACAUCCACGACGACUACAACUACCGUUCCUGCAACACCGACGCCAGUAAAUAAUUCCAAUCAUCUUCAAGCAUUGGCUGAGGUUUGCUCAAGUGUGACAACUACUGACAGCUACGUACAACCUGCCACUGGUCCCGUCAUGAAUUCUUUGGUAUCUGAAACGACUGUUGUUAGUGAACCCAUUAUUCCAUCAAUUUCUACUAGUGUGGAAAAUGUACCAAAUUCAAAUACUUUGUCAUCAAUGGAACCAAUGGAUUGUAAUACAACACCUAAUAAUUCUCCAGCACAUGCAGCCAAGAUUCAAACAGAGGAUGAUGCUAUGGUAGAAAAUACUUCUACAUGUAGUGAAGCCUCUGGCAGUAUGCAAGUAGAAGUGGAUGGCACCUCCCCUGUUGUAAAUGGUACUCAGAUGAUUGUUGAAAAUGACAGUGAAAAUCAUGAUAACAGUGAUAAUGCAUAUCAAGAGUCUCAAGAAUCGAUAGAUGCCGACAAGCGAUUGACGCAAGAAGAUUUAUCACUGUUAUGCGAUCUUUUUUAUCUGCCAUUUGAACAUGGUGGUCAAGGCAUUCAAUUACUGCAAGAGUUUAAUUGGUUGAAAAGUAAUGCUCACGUUGUUAUGAGAAAAUCAAAAGAGGAUGAAACUGUAUCAGAAUCUGAUAUCGAAGAAUGGCACACGCGAGCAGCUAAGUUAAACGAUAUGUGCAAUGCCGUAAAUAGACUAUUUCAAAGGCUUACAUAUUGUAAUAAUCGUGAGUUACUGUAUGAUCUGUAUUCGUAUGUGUGGGACAUGCGAGGAGUCGUGUCUCUCUUAAACAGUUACGUGAAAUGGUUGGCGUUUGGCAGAUUCCCGUCGACGAUGACAACGUUUACCCAGGGAAGCUACACAUGGUUCUCGAAUGGCUGGAAAGAAACUUUUAUGAGUGGAGAACAAGAACCAUGGGUAUUCCGUGGAGGACUUACGGCUGAUCUACAGAGAUUAAUUCCAGUGGAUAGUGGUAAUGACUUAUUUGUUUAUAAAGCACCAGAAGUGCCCAGUAGUAAAAUCUAUACAAUUAGACCUUACUUAGCAAGUGAUGAAGAUGCAGUUUAUGAUGUGUGCAAUAAAAUAUGCGGCUGUGUGGGAUCAUCUGCAGUUGCAGAUCGGUUGGUAGGCGGUUACAUCACUUUGAGUCCAGAGCUGUGUAUGGUUGUCGAAGAUGAAAAUGAAAUAGUAGGCUAUGCAUUGGCUGCCUUAAAUGUAAAGUCUUAUUAUCAGAAGUUAUCUGUUUCUUUGAUUCCUGAAUUACGGAUGAAAUAUCCAUUGGAGGACAAUAUUAAUGAAUUACCACAGAAUGUUCAGGAUGCCAUACAGUAUUUCCACUCAUUUGUUGCGGAUGUACCUGAACAAUUGUGCAGACAGCAUCCGUCAAAGCUGUUAUGCGCUGUGUUACCAAGUGUUACGGACCAAUCUGUCCCUAAAAGAAUAAUUACAUGUAUUCUUGCCGCUUUAAGAGCGAAUGGUUCGUUCGGUGUACAUACUACAAUGUCAAAUACAGACAAGGAGUCUCACGAGUUUUACAGUAAAUUAGGCUUUGUCGACUUAAAUCCAGCGCACGAGGAACAUCCUGGAAUCAAGACUAUGUGUAGAAGUUUCUAACAAAGAGUGAAUACACCAGUGAUAUUUGUGAAUAAAGUGUAUCUACUCGGAGCAUCUGCAAAGAAGGCUUCUAUGGUUUAAAAACGAAGUUUCUGAUAACGUAGAAAUCUAUUUAUUUCUAAAACAGCCCAGAAAAGCUUUCUUUAUCGUGUGUUUUCCUGCAAAGGACAGGAAAUCGAUCAUCAAGAAUACUCUUAAGAAUAAAAAAAAGAGAAUAUGGGCAGAUUUUAUAUUAUAAGAUUUUUAAUGACUUGUACUUCCUUUCCAAAAACUGUUCUACAAGAUGUCUGUUUUAAACUACAAAUAGGAAGAAGAAAAAGAGAAAAGAUCACCCAAAUGUGUUUAACUAUAUAUUCGCAUACGAUGUAUAUAUAACAUGAAGUAGGCUGCAACGUUGUCGAUCGUAAAAAAUUCGAAAGUGUAAAAGGUGCAAUAUUAAUGUUUAAACAGAGCAAAAGCAAAACACGAUAAGGAUAAUUUGUUGAUUUUAUGAAUAUUUGUGUUUGUGAGUACAAUACUAUGGGAUUUCAGUAUACCCGGUAUACUGGUAUGUUAAUAUGAAGUUUUUUUUAAAAAUCGGCGGAUGUAUAUAACGUGUUGAAUGCUGAAUGAUGAAAAAGGAUAAUGCCAGUAUGUGUGUUCAAUUACUGAAUUAAUCGAAGCUUUUUUAACCUAUCGAAAGAUAUUUUCUUAUAAAAACUACAGGUGUGAACGGCAAAAGAACCAUGAGACAAGAGGAGAAAGUAAACUUGCUUCAUUCGGUUCAUUCUUACUGAAAUGCUAUAAAAGUAAAAAAAAGAACACAAGGUCUAAUUUUAACAUCAGAUCCGUGUUUUUAAGAGAAUCUAAUCUAUAGGUACAGUACUGCCUGGUAAAAAUAUGUUCACUUUAAAGUGUGUACAUAAUCGAUAUUUAAUAUCCUAAGCCUAUUCUAAGGCCUUUUUAUGUUUAACGUAUCCUAAUUGACUUUAUAAUUACAUUACAUUACAUUACAUAGUACUUGUGUGUGUAUUACCAGGGAAUGUGAUAUAUAGAAUUAUUUAGAAAAUAUUGAUUAUUUCACUAGCGUCCAUACGUAUUCAAAAAUUAGUUAAUCACUAAUUUAAUUUUAUUACGUCCAAGUUACGUAUAUAUACAUUGUGUUUUAUACGAUUGUUUAUUUUUAUUAAUGAUGAUAAGUAUUUGUCCUAUCGAAAAUAACUGAAUCAGUCAUAAAUUACGAGAUAAUUGUUUUCCGGGAAGCUAUUUAUUCAAGAAAAAGCAGAUACAGUUAGAUCAUUACAUUGCUGAUUAGGUACUAACAAGCCAGUUCGUAUCACGUUGUAUGCGUCAGUGUAUCAAAUGUACAGAGCCAAGAUAGAAAGUAAUUAACUAAAUAAGGUAAACUAAAUAAGAGAAAAAGAAAAUAAAUAUGAAAAUCUUAGAUAUUUGCCUUAUAAUUACUAUUGAUCAUAGUACUAUUACAAAACAGUUGUAUCACGGACUAAGAUGUGAUUUUCCGACCCUUAGCGAAGUAUAAGUAUCAUACUAGGAUUUGAGAUGCGGUGCCAUGUAUAAAACAAGAGAAAAAGUUCGAUCGUUACGAAAAUCGUUCACGUAACUAUGAAAUCUAUUUUAAUUCGAAUUAUCACUUUGUAGAAUUUUUAUAUAUACUCGCCACGUGUUUUCGUGACGAUUGAACAUAAAAACGAUUAAAAAAGAAUUGUAUUCACGGGAAGGCUGGAAAGCAGAAAUGUUCUGCAUAUUUUACCAUCCUUUUUUUUCUUUUUUCUUCUCUUUUUACAUAAUAUUGCUUUAUUGAUCACGUAUAUUUUUUCUUAUCCUACUAAAGUAAGUUGAUAUACAUGUUUACUCUGUUCAAUAUGAGCUUACUUUCUAUUUGAUAUGAAUAACUGUUUGUAAGUAUAGCUUUUUUAUAGCAAAUAUCUUUUUAAUGCGUGUUUUGUUUUGUCAAUACUGUUUAAACAUAGAAAGAAAGAAUGAUGUGCAUACAAUAAUAUUUCCAGUUGUCCCGUCUUGUACUUGUUAAGUAACGUACAUGUAAUUAACACUAUUGAAACAAUAUGUGAUUAUUACUGAUUUAUUUAAAUAAACAUGUCAAGACUGAUA